CUCAUUUCAGCAAUCUCUCAAAACCCUCUCUCUCACCUUUUACACAACAAACAAUUUCUUUUCCUCAAACACACCCCCAUUAACAUUCUUCAUAAUCAAGCAUAAUUAAUCUUUUGAAACUUACCUAUAGCUAGCUUCAUUAUAUAUAUGGAUCACCACCACCAAACACUAUCAUUAUUAUUAAUUCCAUUCUUACUAACACUUCAUCUAUCAUUUUCAGGUGUAAUUUCAACAACAUUUACUUUUGUUAACAAAUGUGACUACACGGUGUGGCCUGGCAUUCUUUCAAAUGCCGGUGUCCCGCCUCUUCCAACCACCGGCUUCGUUCUUCAAACCGGCGAAACCUCAACCAUCGCUGCACCGGCAUCUUGGGGUGGCCGUUUCUGGGGCCGAACUCUCUGCUCAGAAGACACUACCGGAAAAUUCUCAUGUGUCACCGGAGAUUGUGGCUCCGGCAAGGUAGAAUGCUCCGGCGCCGGAGCUGCACCUCCGGCGACACUAGCUGAGUUCACUUUAGACGGCUCCGGUGGUCUUGAUUUCUUCGACGUUAGUCUCGUCGACGGCUACAACGUGCCUAUGAUGGUGGCUCCACAGGGUGGCUCCGGCGAGAAGUGUACCACAACGGGUUGCAUCGGAGAUCUUAACGGCGCGUGUCCUUCAGAGCUUAGAGUAAUGAGUGUUGAUGGGAAAGAGGGUGUCGCGUGUAAAAGCGCGUGUGAGGCUUUUAACUCGCCGGAGUAUUGUUGCAGCGGCGCGUAUGGUACACCUGAUACUUGCAAACCUUCUAGUUAUUCAGAGUUGUUUAAGAAUGCUUGCCCACGCGCUUAUAGUUACGCGUAUGAUGAUAAGACAAGUACUUUCACUUGUGCAAAUGCAGUAGAUUAUACUAUCACCUUUUGUUCUUCUCCUCCCACAAGUCAGAAGGCAACACAAGGGCAAGACACAAAACAGGAAAGUUCUUCAAAUGAUAACUCAUCAGCAUCACCUCAGCUUAACAAUAACAAUAACAAGGACAACACAAUGGUGUAUGAAGGUGGUUAUGAUCAAAGUGAAAUUUCCAAGGCCAUGUGCACCCAUGUGCUCCAAUCACAAACUAUUAUUGCAUCCAUUAUUAUAGCCAUUUGGCGGUUAUGCCAACUCUUCUAAUGUUAGGAAUCACAAUUCUUCAUAAUUUCUUAACCAUUUUCUAGUGUAGUAGUAAUAUCCACGUCCCAACACAUGGGAUGGGCCUCUUCAAAAUUUGACUUAUUUGCUUCAAAUAGCAUGUAACACAUGAACCAUGUGAGUUAAGUAUGGCCCCAUUUGUUUUGGCCUUAAUGACUAGGACAUGACUCAUUUCAAGGGAAUGGUCCUACAACCCUUGAUAUUUUGUCCUAAAAAAUCUAGAGUUUCUGAUAUAGAUAAUGACAUAGUUAGAGAAAUUUGAUUUUUUUUCUUCACCUUUAAUUUUUAUUCUAGUUAUUAAAAGAUUGUUAUUUCUAGUUAUAGAUCACUAGGCAUACUAUUCUUUGUAUUAAGUAAGGGGGUGAGAUUAUUUUAUUUGUUGGAGAAUGUAAUAUUUGGCUACAAUAAGGAAAUGGAUUCUUGUGUAUUACUAUUA